AGUGGACGGUCUGUCGUUCACAGUGUUUCUGAAGAUAGAGAUUUUGUCGAAUCCUUCGUUGGUGAACAUCUCUGUGGUGGCGGGCCUCACUGUCUUGUUCGUCUUGGCUGCGAUAACACCUACCUUCCCAAAGUGGCGUCACUGCUUGAGCUUUCCCUUUGCCCAGAUGCUUGCACUGUAGGACUAGCCAAAUCACUGAGGUGUAAGCCGAAGGUUCUAUGUCGCGUUCACGUGCGCCGUUAACGGUUAGACGCAUCUAUUUCGAGACUUUCGGGGUGCGUUUGUACAUCCGGGUUCGUCUCGCGGGACUUCAGUCAUAGGACCAAGUGUCGCCGGCUCUUCGCUGGUGGUCCUGUACAGCAAUCUAAAAGCGAUGGUGAAACACGAAAGCUUCGGCAGGUAUUUCCUGAGAUCGUCUAAUCUCCAAUAGGCCGCGGUAGGUGGGGGCGAUUCACGACGGCGUCACAUGCGCGCGGAUGGCCGGAAGCAAGUAUCUCUACUGUCAGCAGUAGAGGAUGACGCGCUGGUGGAUGCGAGUGUUGUUGUCGCUCACCAUACCGCUCACUACUAUCGUGCGGCCGGGACAGUUCUGCGGUCAACGAGGUACUCAUAACGGAAACGUAGAUGCCUGUAGGUCAUGCCCGCCAGAGCUCCGGUUGGCCACCGCCAGCCACGCGGCUGACCCAUCAGCUGAGGCAGAGGACUCUCCAGACAAUGGCAACGAUGGCUUGGAGCAAAGCGCGCCACAGAAAAGCGAUACCACGAGUGACGGGUGUCCUACGUCGUCUGAAGACAGGGAACGACCGUCGACGAGUUCAGCUGGCGAGUCUGGUCGAAGCGCCCUCAGUCCAGAGAACCAGAUAAUGGUGUUGCGUGCAAGAAAAAGACAGAUCCAAGGAAUACUGCGGGAUCUUCGUUUUCGUUGGUCGUCCGAAUCGAAAUACGUUAAAGUCAGGAUGGAUGAAACAGGAGGCCGAUCCUCAAGGAUACCUGGAACGGACGCGAUUGAAAAAUUGAAACAGAGGUAUAAUCAAUUGGCAGGAGAAAGGCAGCAAAGAAUGAAGGAAUUGCAUGCGGAACUGAGAUCAAUAGAAUACGUGGAAAGACGACUUUGGCCAAUAAUAGCAUCCCAAAGUCUCGGCGCAACUGCAAGAAACCCAAAUCCACAACUCGGCCCUUCCACGUCAGCUGUCGGUACUUCAGGCCCCGCACCACAGCGACCGUCACAGCAUUCUGGCGUGUCGCAGGGUGCCGAUACAGGUGAUUCGGGGACACAACACGGAUCCUCUGCUGCCUUGUCACUGUGGAGACCAAGUUCGAGUCCAAAGAAAGGGGUGCUUGGGCAGGCGGCUUGCGGGCAGCCUCCUGGAGGCUCCGAGUUGAUGAAGAUAGAGAAUGAACUCACGCUGGUCAGAGCAAAGAAGGAUACGCUGAAAGAAUCUCUCAGACAACUGUCAAAAGUGUGGAAAUCCGAAGAGGUUUAUGUCAAGCAAAGGAUACGGGCCUUAGCGUGGCGCGCGGAGGUGAGUAUCGUAGGGUCUGUCUCAGCAGUUUUCUACCUCAAGAAUUGCUGUACUGACACAGACCUCUGUGUAGUGCCGCACACGACCACGUUCAGCCGUUUGGUAAGUGGCUCGACAACGCAUAGAAGAGAAUCUGGAGAUGACGGCAAAUUGCUGCUAUAUCGAUGACAGCGGCACGCCCCACCCAGACCUAGAUCUGUCAUGAGUGCUGAACCGGAGAGCGAGCCCGCGGCCAUACGAUUCGUGACUUAUGAUCGUUAGUCCACUGCACG